UUCUUCUGCUGCGAAUGGUUGCAACAUAGUUAGACCGAGCUGGGAUUAAAGAGCAAAUUCCACUGGAGUUCCCGCCACAGGUAAAAAAAAACAGGGUGAAGUCAGACAACAAAUAAUGUUUUUCCCCUGUUGUUUUAGAUAAUGAUUAGUGAAAGAAUCGGAUUUUGCAAAACCGCUGCCCGAGAAACACAUACACGGAGAGUUGGUUUCUUUCAGUGCUGUGUCCCAUUCUUAAGAUAUGCUGCUUUGUGCUUUCUACACCCUGGUGCUGGGAGUGUCCCUGGUGAAACCGUCAGAUCCUGAGACGUGCAGAUGUGAAGAGAAAGUCAACAUCUGCGCUGUGGUUCCUGGCAUCAAUGGACUGCCAGGUACCCCAGGGAGUAAUGGCUUACCGGGAAGAGAUGGGAAGGAAGGACCUCCAGGGCCAAAAGGAGACCCAGGAUUAAAAGGAAUACAGGGACCUCCGGGAAAAGCUGGACCUCCUGGCUCAAAAGGGGAUCAAGGGCUGAAAGGGGAAAAAGGAGAUAGUGCAGGUAAAGAGAUUGACAUUCUUAAAACUCAGAUUCGUGAUUUACAGGCAGAGCUGAAGGUCCUGAAAGAGAGUAUAAGGAAGAAUCAGGAAGAUGUUCAAGAGGCUACUUUCCCAACCUUCACAAUAAUAGGGACCAAAAAAUUUGCAUCUAAUGGAGUGGAAGCCAAUUUUGAAACUGGCAAGGCCACCUGCUCCAUGUUUAGAGGAAAACUUGCUUCUCCGAGAAAUGCGGAAGAAAACGCUGCCCUAGCAAAACUGGCCUCAAAGCUUGGAAGACACACUUUUCUUGGGAUGACCGACCGGGAGUCAGAAGGUAAUUUUACACACCUCAACGGGGACCCCAUGCAAUACUCACGAUGGGCAGAUGGCGAACCCAAUGGAGAAGAAGAAGAUUGCAUAGAGUUGUACCUGGAUGGCCGAUGGAAUGACAUUCCUUGCAAUGCAAGUCGAUUAAUCAUCUGCGAGUUUUAAUCCAACCAUCAUUCUUUGAAUUUGACCGGCUAACAAGAACAGAUUUCCGAAGUACCAAAUGACAUUCACUUGUAACUUCAGAACAUGAGCAAAAUGACCUUAUUCACUCUGAUAUUCAAAAAACAAAAACAAAUCUAGCAAGAUUUUGCAAGGCUUUAUAAGGUUUGCUUGGGCAACGGUCGAAGAGACCGACAAGCAUCGGAAUCAUUUUGUGUAAUUUAAUUCAGCUUGUUGCACUUUGGAGGCUACUUUUAAAAAUGUGGGUUUGUGAGAAAUGCUUGUGAUAAUACAACUAAUAAAUAAUGUAUUGGCAAUUGUCAUGUU